AUGCCUAAUGGUGGUGGUCCGUCUUCAGGACGUUGGGAAUUGGUAUUCACAUCGUUUUCUAAAGUUGAAUUAACAAACGUUCCUCUGACGACCAAUAAGAGCAUGGACUUCNACCUCUCCGCCUCGUACUAUCAUAAAGGAGACCUCAAUCCUGGCUGGCCGGCGACUCUUGAUGCGAAAGCCAAUAUCAUUACAUUCAUGCCUAAUGGUGGUGGUCCUUCUUCAGGACGCUGGGAAUUGGUAUUCACAUCGUUUUCUAAAGUUGAAUUAACAAACGUUCCUCUGACGACCAAUAAGAGCAUGGACUUCAUGGACAUCCGUGCGACCAAUGCGGAUUUUGCUACACUCUAUCCAUAUUACGGUAUGAUCGUCUCGUGGGCACCCAAUCUCCCGAGUGGCACCAUGGCUUCCGACUACAUGCUGGUCCGCUCUUUCAAUGACUGCCGGUACACCACUACAACCUGCACUGACACUGUUGGGUGCUACAGAAUGCUGCCACCCGCUCAUCUUCCCCCUCCAGGCGAAUACUGGCUCUGUGUGACGUCAAAUGGCUGGAAUGACCAAUACCUUCCGUGGGAUUUGAAUUCUCUUGAGGUGAAGCUGCUGUUGGCCACGCCGCUGUACUUGACAGCUGGUAAGGACAGAAAUGUCGUGCUGCAGGAUGCGGAAUCUGUGGUAAAUGUGCCGGGGCGUGUGUUCCUGGUGCGGUGCCCUGGCAACGACUGCCCCCUUGUGACUACUGGCCGUGGGGAAGAUGUGGUGCACCGUGAUGCGUGUGUGAACACCUCCGUCUCGUCGCGUGUGUACCUGUCCGACCUCCGUGUGCUGUCUGCAGAAGCUGGUGUGUACGCUGUGUGUGUCGAUGAUGGUGAUGGAGAGUACACUGCUCCCGCUGCGCUGCCGGUGACGGUGCUGGAGAAACCCUUUGCCUUCAAGAUAACUGCUGACACGGACCAGAACACUGCUACGAUUAAUGUUACUGGUGGUGACCUCGAGUGGCGCAGAGAGCCGUACACUGUGUGCGCUGUGCCGCAGAGUGACACGUGUGAUUCCGUGUCUGCUGGGCCUCGUGUGUGUGAGAAGAGUGGGUCCCCAAAUUCAUCAACUGUGUUUCUGGAUCUCGCCAGCAGGGGAAUGCUUGUUAAGGAUGUGAAGUUCUGCUUCAUCGCAGCCAACAUGACAAUCGGAGGACGCACCUACACGCACAUGCAGGAUGUGCUAGAGGAUGUCUGGGAGGACGUGUGGGAGGAUGAUGGUGAGUCGACCACAGGAAUGUCUGGUGGCGUCAUCGCCGGGAUUGUCAUUGCGGGCAUCGUUUUAUUAAGUGUUCUGGUUGUCGCCGUGGUGUAUGUGUUGCAUCAGCGAAGGAAGAACAGAAGGGAGCCACCAGACUCUGGCACACCACCCUCGCCGACGGUGCCACACUCUGUGCCGAGGGAGUCAAAUCCCCUGACAACUGUUUCGGCCGACACUUCCCCGCACACUUCCCCACCCACGCCUGCUCCUCCCCAAGACGACAGUGCUGUCCAGGUGCCUGUUGUUGAACAAUCCAGCAACACAGUGGAGCGGCACAUGGACCCNGCUGCCCAGGUGCCUGUUGCUGAGCAGCCCAGUAACACAGCGGAACGGCACAUCGACCCCACAAAUAUGUAA